AUGGCUUCACACAUUGGUCCAUGGCGUACUGACGCUCAGGGCCGUUUAUCGCCCGAUGAAAACGGCGACUCCAAAACAGAUUACACUCGCUGGCGAUUGGUCAAUGAGGAAGGUCGCCAGACCUGGCGGUACCUUGAGAACGACGCCGAACAUCACGCCUGGCCGCAAUCGAUUGCCGAUAAAUACCAUCUGGGAUUGCCGACGGGUCUGCCAGAGCUCCAACAUGUCAAAACCCCCAUGCAAGCUGCCGAGAAUGGCUUGUCUUUCUUCUCACAUCUGCAGCUCGAGCCUGGUAACUGGGGUUGCGAAUAUGGUGGUCCCAUGUUCUUGCUGCCGGGUCUGUUGAUCACUUGGUAUGUGACCAACACACCAAUUCCUCCAGAGUAUGCCACGGAGAUCAAGCGCUAUAUAUUUGCUCGUCAACAUCCUGAGGAUGGCGGCUGGGGUCUGCACAUUGAAGCCCACAGCUCUGUCUUUGGUACUGCCAUGAACUACGUGGCUUUACGUCUGGUCGGCGUCAGCGAAGAUGAUCCUCGCAUGAUCAAAGCCCGUGGCCUUUUGCACAAGUUCGGAGGUGCUAUCUAUGGGCCUCACUGGGCUAAGGCCUGGCUCAGCAUUCUGGGCGUGAUGGAGUGGGAUUGCGUCAAUCCCGUGCCACCCGAGAUCUGGCUACUUCCUGACUGGGUUCCUUUCGCUCCUUGGCGCUGGUGGAUCCACAUCCGCCAGGUAUUCUUGCCUUUAUCCUACAUUUGGUCCAAGAAGUGGUCCUGCCCGCUCAAUGACCUCACCAAGCAAAUUCGUGAGGAACUGUACACUCAGCCUUACGACUCCAUUGACUUUUCUCAACACCGCAACUCUAUUCACUCUGCCGAUAACUACUACCCGAAGACAUGGAUUUUAAACGCUAUCAACGAGGCGAUGGUUCGGGUCUGGAACCCUUUUCUUCGCAUUGGUCCUAUCGUCAAGCGCGCUGAAGAUUGGACCUGGGAACUAAUACGUAUGGAGGAUGAGAACACUGACUACGCGGGGCUGGGGCCAGUCAGCAAUCCCCUGAACAUGGUUGCCUGCUACAUUCACGAUGGUCCUGAUAGCUACUCCGUUCGCCGUCACCGUGAGCGAUUGAAUGAUUACCUGUGGAUGAAGAGCGAGGGUAUGCUGGCUAACGGAACCAAUGGUGUCCAGGUCUGGGAUACAACUUUUGUCACGCAAGCAGUCGUGGUUGCGGGCAUGGCUGACGAUCCCAAAUGGCGCCCCAUGUUGACCAAGGCUCUCGAAUUUAUUGAUGAUCACCAGCUCCGCGAGAAUGUUCCGAAUCAGGAGACGUGCUACCGUCAGCACCGCAAAGGCGCUUGGCCUUUCAGCACUAAGACUCAGGGCUACACUGUUAGUGAUUGCACCGCGGAAGGUCUUCGCUCCACUAUCCAGCUUCAGGAAAUGCAUAACUUCCCUAAGCUGAUCUCUUUGGAUCGCCUAAAGGACAGCGUGGAUUGUCUGCUCUUGAUGCAGAACCCAACUGGUGGCUUCACCGAUUACGAAACUACUCGUGGGUCGAAGAAGAUUGAGUGGCUGAACGCCGCCGAAGUAUUUGGUGGAAUUAUGAUCGGAUACGACUAUCCCGAGUGCACCACGGCCUCCGUGACUGCUCUGUCGCUCUUCGGCAAAUUCUACCCAGAUUACCGCGCCGACGAUAUCCGUGCCGCGAAGAAGAAGGCCGUUGCCUACAUCAAGCGUGCCCAGCGUGAGGACGGCAGCUGGUACGGUUCUUGGGGGAUCUGCUUCACUUAUGCUGCCAUGUUCGCCCUGGAAAGUCUGGCCAGUGUCGGCGAGACCUACGAAACCAGUGAGAACUCUCGCCGAGGAUGCGAUUUCCUGAUCGAGAAGCAGCAGGCCGAUGGUGGGUGGGGUGAGUCAUACCUCAGCAGUGAGAAGCAUGUCUACGUUCAGCAUGAGAAGUCUCAGGUUGUCCAGACUGCUUGGGCCUGUUUGGCUCUUAUGGAGGCGCAGUACCCCCACAAAGAGCCUCUGGAGAGAGCCAUCAAACUCCUCAUGGCUCGUCAACAGCGGAAUGGCGAGUGGUUGCAGGAAUCCAUUGAAGGUGUCUUUAACCAGUCCUGUAUGAUCUCUUACCCCAACUACAAGUUCUACUGGCCCAUCCGGGCUCUUGGCUUGUACAGCAAAAUGUUCGGCAACGAGGCACUUCAGUGA